AUCCAGUUUUAAAUACAUAAACAAUGACUUUAUCCUAUUUAAAUUUUGUUCACCACAGCGCGCAGUGCUAUUAUGCAUGUACAAGCGAUUGCAGUUUUCGAUCUCGAGUUUCGAAUAUAAUAAAAUUUAAAACAAAACAAAAUAGCUAAGGCUAUGUGACUUGAUUUUUUUGCAAUACUUUUGCAAAACAGUAUUAUCUUCGUAUUUAAAAUUGAAGUGCGUUCUGUUGAAUUCAGACAUAUAUAUAAUUGCUACAAUGACGCAAAAUGACGAUGGACCUCCCGAAACAAAUCAAAAUAUCAACACAGAAUUUGUGAGUUCUAAUAAUAAAUAUAGAAUUACAAUGGAAUUGCCUUUGUUUUUUACUAUGAUGGCACUUUCGCUUUCAGGUGCAGUAACCAGAAACAUAAUAUUAUAUCGCACUUGUGUUCAUUCUUUAAAUCACAGCAAAAAUGAGUGUGAAGGUUUUCUCUCACCAACAAAAGCGAAUAUCACACAGCAUUUGGAGGAAGAAGUUCAGAAGUAUGAAGCAUUUGUGUCUAUGGUACGGAUAACUUUCGAAUCACUGGCACCUGCUAUACUUUCUUUAUUUCUUGGUGUAUGGUCUGACACCCAUGGACGGAAACCUUUAGUUGCUUGGCCUCUUUUUGGAAUGUGUAUUAGUGGAGCCUUAACAGUUAUCUACAGUAUGAUGGAUUUUAUGGGACCAUGGUGGUAUAUUCUGACAGUCAUUCCUACAUCAUUUCUGGGUGGCUUCACAUCACUAUUCACAGGCUCAUUUUGUUAUGUGAGUGACAUAACUUCUAUAGAGAAACGAUCUUUUAGGAUGACUCUAGUAGAAACUGCAGUAUCAAUUGGCAGUGUUAUUGGAGCUAUUUCUAGUUCAUAUGUCUUGAGAGCUGUUGGUAUUGUGUACCUUUUACUUAUAGCAACAACACUUUAUGUCUUUGCCUAUGUAUUUACUAUUGUUUUCCUGAAAGAAUCAUUACAGGGCGCAGUUGAGGGAAAUUUACUAUCUGUAUUAGAUUUUUCACUUAUCAAAGAGAUGGGUAAAAAAUGUUUCAAAAAACGACCAAAUCAUGGUCGUGCACAGAUACUUCUGUUGACUUUUGCAAACAGUUUUUCCAUCUUUAUUAUGAUGGGAUUAAUGAAUUUGGAAUACAAUUAUACAAGGACCAAACUGCAUUGGGCUAUAAAGGAGUAUACAACGUUUUCAGCUGUGAAUACAACCAUUACAUUCCUUGGAUCUUUGAUUGGUGUGAUUUUAAUCCAAAAACUGCUAAGAAUUAGCGAUUUGUUAUUCUCAAUGCUUGCAUUCUUAUCUUCAACUGUGGAAUAUAUCAUAAAGAUGUUUGCGGUAACAACAUGGUUUAUGUACUUAGGUGCCGGAGUAUCGAUGUUCAAAGGCCUUUCGUCUCCAUUAAUCAGAUCGAUGUUGACAAAGAUGUUACCUCCCGAUGACAUCGCCAAAGUGUUCGCUCUCAUGUGCGCUAUCGAAGGUGUGGCGCCGUUGGUGUCUCCAGCGAUAUUCAGUUCACUUUACGCUUAUACUAUCAAUUCCUUCCCAGGAGCCAUUUAUUUGCUGAGCAGCUCAAUCACUGCGCUAUGCGUUGUUUUAUUAGGAAUUGUGCAAUACUUUAUAUGGAAAGGUGGAUCUCAAGGCAGUUUUCAACAAUUGGAAGAAGAGGAAUGAACUGUUUGUUAA